ACUUGUGAACAUUAUAUUGCAUCGUUCGCAUGGCGAGAAACACAGUAGUAAUAAAUGUUGUUGUUAGUGUUAUUGUCUGUGUAGUUGUAGUGUUUUGUCCGGGCAGUGUUACCUCAGACGACACGGUUCCUAUUCCUCAACAAAAGUCUGCGGUAGAGGGUUGGUUCAAAGCCAACGUUCAACCCCUUCCAGGCAGAAAGGGUUUGGACCCUGCCCUCACAACGGCGGAGGCCGCCCCAGUGCACAUUGGGGUCGGAAAAGGAGGCAAAUUCAAAACCAUUCAAGAAGCCGUCAACUCCAUUCCUGCUAAAAACACAAAGCGUUAUAUCAUUAACAUAGCAGGUGGGAUUUAUAAGGAGAGAGUGAAGAUCGACUACGGUAACCAUUUCAUCACCUUAUAUGGUGAUCCUAAGGAUAGGCCAACUAUAGAUGCUGCUGCUACGGCUGCUCAAGUUGGUACCGUAAACAGUGCCACUUUGCAUGUUUUGUCGGAUUACUUUAUGGCCGUUAAUAUUAACGUUAAGAACUCAGCUCCCAGGCCUAGUGGUAAACUGCUUGAGCAAGCUGUGGCUCUGACCAUAGCCGGUGACAAGGCUGCGUUCUACAACUGUAAAUUUUAUGGAUUCCAAGACACCCUUUGUGAUAAUAGGAACAAACAUUUCUAUAAGGAUUGUUACAUUGAAGGCACGGUAGAUUUCUUCUUUGGCAGUGCCAAGAGUAUCAUUUUGAACACAGAACUGCAUGUUAUCCCAGGCGGGACGAUGGCGUAUGUUACGGCACACGGUCGGAAAAGUGCAAAAGAAGACUCAGGAUACUCUUUCGUACAAUGCCGAGUUACCGGGGAUGCCAAAUCUAGGAUUGCAGUACUAGGAAGAGCAUGGUAUCCUUUUGCUAAGGUCGUAUUUAUCUAUUCUGAUAUUUGUGGUGCCAUUAAACCGGAGGGAUGGUUUGGGGUGCACAACAGUCUUACCGAUGGAGAGUCGACAUACUUUGGAGAGUAUAAGAAUACAGGGGCAGGAUCUGACAUGGCUAAACGUCCCAAGUUCGUUAAGAAGCUGACAGAUGCAGAAGCGAAGCCAUUCAUCACCCUGGCUUUCAUAGAGGCUUCCAAGUGGUUGCUUCCCCCAAUCACCAAAGCUGUUCAAGCCAAUUCAACCAAAUUCAGAUCAAGGUUAAAUUAAAAGAAAACAACCUGCGAACUCAAGCCUAGCAUAUAUACUUUACGA